AAAACAAAUCAUGGAGGGACCAUCCACGGAAACCUCAACGGAGCUGGACUUCACGGCCUGGUCAAUGUGCACCUCACCGCAUGGCUGCGAGCCCUCUGAGCUAUGGUGAUGGAAGCACCUACUGGGACAAGCGCUAUUUGACAAAGGCCAGUCCGGAUGAAUGGCUCUUGGCCUGGAGCCAAGUGGCUGAUGUUUUUGAGAAGUACUGUGACCAGCCGAGGAGACAAUGGCAGAUUCUCCAUGCUGGAUGCGGGAACAGUGCUUUGACGGCUGAGAUGUACCGUGCUGGGUAUGAGCAUAUCACCAGUAUUGACAACUCUGCCACUGUGAUUGCGCAGAUGCAGGCAGCGUGCCGAGAUUCUGCAAGCUUGAAAUGGUGUUGCAUGGACGCGGGUGAAAUGGACUUUGAUGACGGAAGCUUUGAUGUGGUUAUUGAAAAAGGUUUACUGGACUGCCUGGGCUGCAUGGACGAGGCAAAACUGGAGGUGGCCAAAGUCUUGAAAGAGGUGCACAGGGUCUUGCGGCUGCAGGGCCUGUUCUUCUGCAUCAGCUUCAACCACAACCGCGCGGCCCAGCUGGCCGAGCCCUGGAAGUUCAGCUUAUGCGAGUCGCGACGAAUUUCAGCGGCAGGUGGUCAGAACAGUUUGUAUGUCUUCCGGAAAUCCUCAGCCGAUGUCCUCCAGUGGCCACAACUGUUUCGAGAUCUGAAGCUCCAUCUCACCAAGGAGGACUACCAGCUGGUCGAUCAGCCCUGCACACUGACCGAAGGCGAAGCUGAAACGGGCAACGUCGUCGAGGUCAUUGAAGCUUGUGAAUCAGGGGAUCAGAAUCCGGUGGGCCUCCAUGUCGGACUUCGCGGCGUGGUCAAGCUCAGCGCCUUGCCACAGCCAGAGUCAGUAUUGGGUGGAUCGCCAGGUCCCUACUCAGAACAUGGAAGUCAAACCGCUAUGCAACAGUAUGUAACUACAACAAUGUGA